UGGCAGGUCGAAAACGACACCCGUCGACAGAAUACCUGCCGGUGACAGCGACGGCACAAAACGAACACUAUAUAGCACCACUGAGCACUUGCCCAGUCCCAGCAAACAUCCAUCUCGUGCUUUGCAAUCCCCAGCUCGACCAGGCUACAUCGUUCAGUGGUCGACGUUUGUUAGCCACUUUCACUAUCGGAUCGAACGGAACGGCCCGGCCCGGCCCUGUUUCCAAAAGCUCGAGAUAGACACCUCGCGUGCGUGGUUCCUGUCGGGAUCUUCCAACGUUACUAUACGUGAAAGAACAUCGGUUAAGGACGGAGGCGAUUAGAUUGUCAUCCAGUUGCCGCGAUCCAACUUCAAGUUAGCAAUUCACUUAUCACAACGGCUACGAUGAGCGAACAAGUCACUCAAGCCCCGGAACCGGAAGGCUUUGUUAACGGAACUCCCACGAUCCAGACUGCGGUUCGCACUUCGGGAAGCCAGGACCAGGGAUCUCCGACACCUAGUGCUACGAACGGCAUGAGCCCUCAUAACCUCAACUCGCUUAGACCGCCAAAGUAUAUUCUUGAUACCAAAGUGACCGCACCAUGUCACCACGUUCCCGGCAGAAAGGACGGGAAGCCUUGUAACAGGUGCCGACAGAACGCCUGGGAAAAAGAACGUCGUGAGCUUGCUCGGUCUGAGCGCAGGCGCGCUUCUGGCAGCAACUCGGCAGCCGCUUCUCAUAACAUUCCCCAAGGUUCUCAUUCCAUCCCUGGCGGGGCGUACUCGCAGGGAGGUUACACUGGCAGCCCAUCGAACUUUCCUGCCACUAUUCCCAUCGCAAACAAACGCGAACGUGGCGCCGAUUCUGGAGAGGCUAGCCAAUCAAGACGAGGCACCAGAAACCACCACCAUCAUGAAUCCCAGGCAGGUCAAGAAGCUGGUCCUAAUAAGCGUGCCAGGCGCGUGCCUACCGAAGAACGUUCGAAAGAGCUGGAUCAAGCGGCCUCGCGCGUCUAUAUUGUACGCCAGGACCUUACUCCCGCUCUGAAGAAAGAGCUUUUGCGAUGGGACAACCAUCAAUUCACUCGUAAACUCACCACCCGGCGUUUGGAGCUCUUGCAAACCUUUGAGUUCUAUUUCUGCUACGGCAUCUCGUGGGAAGACAUCCUCGAGAGUGCUGAAGCUCCUUCCACACGCCCACCUGGCUGGGAGGAAGCAAACGCCAAGACCCUUCAGCAAGUCGAUGACAAGCGCUUCUUCAUGUUUGUGCAAUCUCAAGAGACGACGGCCUGGAUGCAAGUUCUCGCCAAAGCUGAAGGCUUAGUCGGAAAGGAUCUGGAGCUGAUGGCUUGUGGUGCUUCGCAGGAGCUCGCCUUGCAGAUGUGCGAUCCUCAGAGGCAAGAUAUCGAUGACGGUGAAGAUGAUUUCGCUCAGUCUGUCAAGGAAGGUUGCCGUGGAGGGUCCUUUCAAGUCGGUGUGGUACUUCCUCAGGGCAGUGUCAGACUCGGCCAUCAACGCCUGCGUGCGCCUCGUCGUUACCCUGACAUGGACCUUACUCUCGCCGCCGAUCGUAUGCUUGACAACGCGGGAACCGAAGCCGUCCUGCAGGAGCUUUCUGAUAUUUACCAGAUGUUCCUUCCUACUUCGUGGACUCGCGCUCAAGAAUGGAAGCAGAUCGCCGCUAGCUACGUACCAGCCCCACUCUUCCUUCCCCACCUUACCGCCUCAUGGAACACAAAUCCCAAGUGUCAUCGCGACCCACCCAAUCGUAUCCAGAGCUUGACCUACGUCCACGGACCCUUCACUGGCGGCGACUACGCAUUCCCAGCCCUCAACUUCCGCACGAAAGCCUUGUCUGGCACGCUCUUGUGGGGCUGGACGGACAUCCUCGAGUACUACGUCUGCGACUGGUCAUACCAGUGGCGCCCGAACGUCAAGGGUUACCGCGCAUCCUGGAUGCUCACGUUGUCGGCGGACAUUUACGAUGAAGUCAUGUCUUGCCCCGCUGCCCGCGAUUCCGGCGUGAAGAGUUUCUUUGACUUUGACAAGUUGUUUGAGCCGAAUCAGCUAUUCGAUUGGGAUGCUGUGUAUGAUUUGACGGGCGGGACGAGAGCCGACUUGGAGAAGGUGUUGAUUAGGUAAACGGCAUUCACUUGAUGGUGAUCAGACUAUCGAUGAAGAAGCCGACUCGGCAGUGCGCGUUCAAAAUCGCCAUUUCGAUCGCAACUAUCGUGUCGUCACCGACAAUACCCUCAUGCUGGACAUGAAAACCCGUUCCAUCCACCACUUUCUUGCCUCUUAAGUCCAUUGUCUGACAACGUACGGGUCGAACUGCCACAUGUGUCAUAGCGUUCGACGUCUUCUUUGUGCCUUCACACGCAAUCGCUUGUUUCAUCGCCAUGUUUCGUCCCGUGGAGUUUUCUCCCUCCGUGCCCCUUUACUGCUUGUUGUUUCUUCAGUACGUAGUAGUUCCCAAAACCAUACCGCCCCCUUCUUGUGUUAUCGCUUUGGCCUGCCUUUCGUGUGUUUCCGUCAACACUUGUUUCUUGUGUCUGUAUGUGUCCUAAUAGAAUUGUUCUUCCAAAAUGAUGCCGCUUUUCGCAAACCUUGGAAAUGCUCUGAUGGCUC